AUGGAGCGCACCAACUGCUCAGCGGCCAGCCCUGUGGUGGAGACAGCCGUGGGCGCCAUGCUGACACUGGAGUGUGUGCUGGGCCUUAUGGGCAAUGCUGUGGCCCUCUGGACCUUCUUUUACCGUCUCAAAGUGUGGAAGCCUUAUGCCGUCUACCUGUUCAACCUGGUGGUGGCUGACCUGCUGCUGGCCACCAGUCUGCCAUUCUUAGCUGCCUUCUAUCUGAAGGGCAAGACCUGGAAGCUCGGCCACACGCCCUGCCAAGUCCUGCUCUUCCUGCUGACAUUCAGCCGUGGUGUGGGGGUAGCCUUCCUGACGACAGUGGCUCUAGACCGGUAUCUGCGUGUGAUCCAUCCUCGGCUCAGAGUUAACUUGCUGUCUCUGAAGGCAGCUUGGGGCAUCUCCAGCCUCAUCUGGCUUCUGAUGGUUGUUCUCACUCCCCAAAACCUGCUCAUUUGCAAGACUACCCAGAAUUCCACGGAGUGCCCCAGCUUCUACCCCGUAGGAGAGACCAAAGCCAGUGCCACCUGCCAGGAGGUACUCUUCUUCCUUCAGGUCCUGAUUCCCUUUGCCCUCAUCUCCUUCUGCAACAGUGAGCUCAUCAGGACCCUCCAGAAGAGACUCCGAGAGUCUGACAAACAGCCCAGGAUCCGGAGGGCCAGGGUGCUGGUUGCCAUGGUGCUGCUACUGUUCGGGCUGUGCUUCCUGCCUAGCGUCCUGACCAGGGUUCUGGUGCACAUCUUUCAGGAAUUUGAGAGCUGCACUGUCCAGAAAGCCAUGGUGCAGGCCUCUGACAUCGCAGGCAGCCUCACCUGCCUGCACAGUGCACUGAGCCCGGCCAUUUACUGCUUCUCCAAUCCAGCCUUCACCCACUCAUACCGGAAGGUGCUCAAAAGCCUUCGGGGCAUGAGGAAGGUAGCAGAAUCACCUAGCUCCAACCUCAGGGACUCCAUUUCCUGA